GUCUGUUGCGUCGGUUGCUCGAGUCCCUUCCGUUGGCCAGAAAACUGGCGGCGGCUGGUGUGUUUGUUUUCGCCUCGUAGAUGCUGGCUGCAAUCGAGAAGCAAAAAAUAAGGCAUUGAAAGCAAUCAAAACCAGAGGCCAGCGCGGCAACAAGGAGAAAAAUUAAGCGUUAGAGCGGCAGGAAACAAACGGGAAAAAAAUCAGGCGACCCCAAUAUAAACAAUCAUCACAUAAAUACGUAAUCAACAAGCGGCUUCCCAAAAAAGCAGACAGCGACUCUUUGGCAGGCGGCCAACGCCACAGACCACCAUCCACCACCCACCACAUCCACCCAACCAGUGAGCCACCCACCACAGCAUGUAAAGCCCAGUGGGCGGUGGGAGUGGCACACACACACAGAAACCAGUUCGGAGGCGACUUUGGCUAGGUGUGGAUGAAGCGAUGUGAAGGCACAACAUUUUGCAAUAUUAAAGAACAGCCAAGGGAAGGAGAAGCAGGAGGAGCAGGUGGGUCAGGUGCUGGAGGAACAGAACCUGUUGCCGACACGUCCACAAAGAGACCGGAUUGGGUGAAAGCCUGUCUGGCUGGGUGAAAGGUGAAAGGUGAAAGCAGAGCGCCGCAACAAUGACCGUAAAUGUACUGGACUACGAUCACUUCGCCAUCAGCGCCAUCGUGGUGGGCAGUCUGCAGUUGGUCUUCUUCCUGAUCAACUCCGUGCUCCAAAUGGACAAGCUGACGGACUUUGCCGGCGGCGUGAACUUCAUCAUCAUCUCCCUGCUCACUUUCUUUCUCGGCCAAAUUGAUCGGCCUUCAAAGGCCUACGAUAGUCGCCAGCUGAUGGUCACGCUCUUCGUUUGCCUGUGGGGCGCUCGACUAUCGGGAUACCUCCUAUAUCGGAUCGUGAAGCUGGGCCGCGACAAGCAGUUCGAGGAUACCCGCCGCAACAUCAUUCGCUACGCGGUCUUCUGGACCUUCCAGGCCGUUUGGGUGUAUAUUGUGUCACUGCCCGUAAUAAUAAUCAAUUCACCGCGCCACUCGCAGCCGCGUGCUCCAAAGACCAUGACCACACUGGACUCCACGGGCACGGGCAUGUUCAUCGUGGGCUUGCUGGCGGAGACCUAUGCGGAUCUGCAGAAGUUCUCCUUCCGCCAGGAUCCCGCCAAUCAGGGCAAGUUCUGCAAUGAUGGACUGUGGAGCGUGUCGCGGCAUCCGAACUACUUUGGCGAAGUGGUCAUCUGGUGGGGCAUCUUUGCCAUAUCGCUGAACGUGAUCAGUGGCCACGAGUGGGUGGCGAUUGCCUCGCCCAUUUUCACCACGAUGAUCAUCCUCUUUUUGUCGGGGAUUCCCCUUCGCGAACGCAGUGCCGACGAGAAGUACAAAGACCAACUGGAGUACCGGAAGUACAAAGCCUCCACCUCGCCGCUGAUACCAGUGCCACCUGCCGUCUACGUGGAGGUGCCCAGUGCCCUGAAGUUCAUCCUGUGCUGCGAGUUCCCCAUCUACGACUCCAUGCGCAUCCAGAAGGACCUCAGUCCCUACUCGCUCUCCAUAGCCCGCUCCCACUCGCACAUCUAGCAGUCAGUGGCCCACUCCAGCAGUGCGGCUGGUGUGGGUCAACUGAAUGCCCAUGGCCACUCGGUGGGUCACUCGCUGCACCGCGGGCAGUGCUAUGGCGCCAAUGGCGGCGAUGCCGAGAGCCAUCACAACUGCGGCGGUAGCUGCCGGAAUGUGCACGUCAAGUCGAAUCCGUACCAGUGCGAGGCGGGCUAUGGACACUAUCCGGUUUGCCACACGGACGACGACACGGAUGACGGUAUCAUCUACAUGGACCGCACCCACUUCUACCACGACCAGGAGCAGUCGCACCAGGCGAAAUCGGUGGCGGUGCCCAGCACCAAGUGCAGCUACCUGGCCGAGGAGGAGCUGGCCUCCGACUACGAUGAGGAUGUGCCCGCCAUCGAUCUCAGCAAGGCCACCAGCGUGGAGAGCUUUGGCACCCGUGUGCAGACGGAGCACGCCGUGAAUGCCGAUGGCUUACCCGUUACAGUGACCACGAUUUUGUGAUUGCCACUCUAAGAUUUGGUCGCACUGAACGUAAGGUUGUUCGGAUCGGGUUUUUAUAUCGCUUGUACAACAGGGUGGAACUGUUUUAUACCUUUGAAGCGAUUAUCUUCUUUCUAAUAUUCCAUAAAAAAGUAUCUAAAUUAUUCGCAGUUUUGGUAAGCAGAUCGAGUUAUUUUAAAUGUUGGUAAGCAGAUCGAGUUAUUUUAAAUAUGAAGGGCACAAAAUAAAUCAAAUUUAGAAGUCUUAAAAGUCUUAACUUUGGUGUGUAAAGGUUAAAGCUAAGAAUUGUUAGGAACUUGAAGGUAAAAAUAAUAUAAUUGUACAUAUGAUUAUAUAUAUAAUGAUGUAAUGGAAAGUGUUAGGAGUUCCACCCUCUUGUACAGAACUAAAGCCAGGCUUAAAAGAGCUGGCUUGGGAUGACUCUUUAAGUACCGCAGAGUACCAAGCAUCUUGGGUACUCACAGCUGUCUAACACUCUAGUCUCUAUGCUACUGUUGCUCAAAUAACUCGAAUAACUAAUGUGCCUCUUCUGUGCUCUGCGCACCCCUAGAUUGUUGCACUCCUUCAAAGUUUACGCUAGUCUCUGUUGAAUACGCGACCCCUCUUGCCCCACCCCACUUGAACUUCAACUAUAUAGACCUAAAGCCUACAUAUAUCUAUAUCUAUUUGUCAACUGCAUAUUGUAUCGCAUCGAACUGCGAACUGCGAACCGCAAACCACACCCCACCAAGCGAAAGGAAUCGAAUCUGAAGCCAUUCAAACUGAAACAUAUCCCGAGGCAGCGGCAACCCAAGCAAAAGGUCGAUUUGGAUUUACACAUACAAUAAGUACAAGAAUUGUCGCAGUGAGUUACGAUAGAGGACGUUCGAUAGCCAUUGUUAUUUUAUAUACCGGAAUAUGUAUACUGAUAUCUACUAAAUAAACAAAUAGUAGCUAAAUCGAAAUAUACCCAUGUAUGUGCGUUACCACAAAAAAAAUGGUGUCUGUGUCUAGUUGGUGUCUCAAAUGUUAAGCAGUAUUAUACCUAAUGAACGAAUUGUACCUAAAUGAUUAUGCUGAGUAUGGAAACUAAUAAAACGAAACUAAAGUAAAUUCUCUCUUUAAAUCGCUG